AUGCGUCGCGCCAAUUUAAUGCGCGGUCAAAGUUCAAGUCUAAGACCUCAAGGUAGCAGCAAAAUGGAUAGAUAUGAGAAAUUAAGUCGCUUGGGCGAAGGUUCCUAUGGAGUGGUGUAUAAGUGUCGUGAUCGUGAAACGGGGGAUUUGGUUGCAGUGAAGCGCUUUGUGGAGUCAGAAGACGAUCCGGCGAUCAGAAAGAUAGCGUUACGUGAAAUCAGAUUGUUAAAGAAUCUAAAACAUCCGAAUCUGGUGUCACUGUUAGAAGUGUUUCGUCGCAAACGACGUCUGCACUUGGUAUUUGAAUUUUGUGAACUGACAGUAUUGCAUGAAUUGGAGCGACAUCCGCAGGGUUGUCCGGAGCCGCUUACCAAGCAAAUCUGCUAUCAAACACUGUUGGGCGUGGCCUACUGUCACAAGCAGGGCUGUCUACAUCGUGACAUCAAACCAGAGAACAUACUGCUGACAGCACAAGGCCAAGUGAAACUGUGCGAUUUCGGUUUUGCAAGAAUGUUAAGUCCAGGAGAAAACUAUACUGAUUAUGUGGCGACACGUUGGUAUCGCGCACCGGAACUACUUGUAGGUGAUACGCAGUAUGGUACACCGGUCGACGUUUGGGCCAUUGGUUGCUUAUUUGCAGAGCUAGUGCGAGGAGAAGCCCUUUGGCCUGGGCGGAGUGAUGUAGAUCAGUUGUAUUUGAUACGGAAAACACUUGGUGACUUAUUGGCCAGACACAUACAAAUUUUUGGUCAAAAUGAGUACUUUAAGGGAAUAACAUUACCUGUACCACCUACACUGGAACCACUGGAAGAUAAAAUGCCCGCUAAGUCAUUGCAAAAUCCACUUACAAUCGAUUUUUUGAAGAAGUGUCUGGACAAAGAUCCCGCCAAGCGAUGGUCGUGUGAAAAACUCAUUAAGCACUCCUAUUUCGAUGAUUAUAUUGCCAAACAGCGUGAAUUGGAGCAUCUAAACUCAUUGGAUGCAGCUACAACAAGACAGCAACACUUACUACAACAGCAACAACAGCUAUUGCUACAGCAGCAACAUCUACAACAACAACAACAGCAGCAGCAGCAACAACAAUCUCUAUUACAACCAACAGCAGCGCGUGACAAAUCAAAGACUUCAAAUACUUCACUUCCACUGCUACCCAGCACACAGCAUCAUCAUCAUCAUCAGGAUUAUGUGAAAUUGCAACCAAUUAACAAAAACUCAACACUUCUUCAUCGCACCGAGCAUCACUUACCAACGAUUUAAAUUGCCUUGAAAAGUGAUACACGGUAGUGGUUGGAAUGGACCUCCGGGGACGAAUUAGUUACUUCUGUAGGGAGAGCAAAUAAAAAUUUGUAAUUAAAACUUCUUGCCAAGUCAAAUUGGCCACAUUAUUAUAAUUUUCAUUUAUAUUUUUUUGU